AAGGCCGGCGAGACGGUCGGCGGAGGGAGCCGCAGGGUGGCCAUCCCGCGGCGCGCGCCGCCGCCCGCCGAGGGUGCAGCGAGGCGCCAGCAGCAUGGGCUCCGCUCUGUGCGCGGCAGCGCCCGAGUUCUGCUGCUCCGGCGGCGAGCGCGACUCCAUCCAGGGGGACAUCGCGCGGCCGCAGCUCUACGCGGCCGGCUCGCCCACGGGCGCCAGCUUCACCGCCGAGCCGGUGCCGUGGGCGAAGGGCGGGGCCCUGUCCGAGGCCGAGGGCCUCGGCGGUGGCGCCGAGCGCCGCCCCUCCGUGGCCUCCACCGCCGAGCUCAGGCCGCACACGCCAGCGCCCAACAAGCGGCUGCCGGAGGCCCGGUCCGCGAGCCUGCGCAGCGCGCCGGCCGUGCUCACCAAGGUCGGCGCGGCAAGCCCGCCUGGCGCUGCCGCGCUCGCGCAGAGCGCGGGGGUGCCCGCGCCGAAGUGCGCCUGGUGGCGGCUCGGCAGCUGCUACGGCGCCAUCACAGCAGACAGCAAGGAUCGGCAGGCCAAGGAUAUCCUGCACAUCAGGCCUGCCCUCCCGCUGGUGGCGAUGGCGCACAAGCAUUGGCGGCCGUGGCCACCUAUUCAGGACAAGGCCCUCUCGAGGAUCGAGGCGCUGAACCCCAUGCUGCUGGACAAGAACGACGCAAACGAGGACACCAGCGAGUACGAGCAGGAGUUUGCCGUGACGCUCACGAUGCCCUACAGUGCCAAUGAUUUCGAUGCCCAUCACAUUAAGCAGUCGGACGCCCUCUCGCGAGCCGAAAAGCGGUUCAACAAGAGCCAGAAGGAGCUCAUCAAGUACGUGGCCCAGGCGGAAAAUGCGAAGUUGGACGUGGACGCCCUCAAGGAGGACAUCCGCGCGCAGGGAGCGGCGACAGCGGCUGCGGCCAUGCAGGGCGUGACUCCGCCCCCGCCCCCGCCUCCAGCUCCACCAUCAGUAGAUGCGAUGGGCAUGUACUCCAUGCAGCAGCAGCAGCAGCAGCAGCGGCAGCAGAUGGUAGACCUCGUCAGAUGA